CCUCCCACGUCCCUCCUUCCACCUCGCCGGGUCCCUUCCUCCUUCCCGGUCUGCCUUUCCUCGAUCACCCCCCUCGCCCGCCCUCCCCCAUCUGAUUAGGCGCGGACGGGGAAGGGUGGGAGUGGUGGGGGAAGCUCUCCCUUUAAGAGGCAGCUUGCAGUGACGAAUUGUUGAAAUUGCCAUUGCAGGAUGGCAUGCCGCUAUAAAUUCAUUGUUCCACCUCCUCGCAUCUUCACAGCGCUCGCGCUGCUCUCCGCGCUCGCAGCGGCCGACUGGGGAUGACCGCGGGCAGGAAGGCAUUGCAUCCGAAGGGACACGGACGCGCCGCUUCACUGGCUUGCUGCAGGCUGACCCUUGUGUUUUUGUUUUAAUUUUUAUGGAGUUUCCCCCUCUCUUUCUUUCCUUUCGCCUGGUUCCAGAGGAGUCAAGGAAACCCACAAAAUAAGAAAGGAAGUGGGCUCCGGAGCUUGUAACCCCGGCUGCCGGCGGGUCCCGGGCAGCAAGGGGGCGGGAGGCAGCGCGCACCAGUUGCCCGCCUGGUGCGCGGCACCUUCCUUACUUUUCUUGGUGCAGCGACAGUGGCUGCAUUUGGGGUGGAUUUGGGUUUUUCCCCUUUCCUUAUAUUUACUGAUUCUCCACAGCCCGGCUUUUCUGUAAUUUUUUUUCCCCCCCGUCUUUCCGGAGCACGAAUCCAAACAUUUUCCAAACCAACAAAGAAAAGUUCGCACGCUGGCACCGUGGCUCGGACGGGCUGGCACUGCUGCCGGGUCUCCCUCCCUCCGACACUUGACUCAACUUGCAAGCGUGUGUGUGUGUGUGUGUGUGUGUGUGUGUGUGUGUGUGUGUGUGUGUGUGUGUGUGUGUGCCCCUACCUCCCUCCCCGGUAACUUCCAUAGCGAAUAACGAAUACCCAUAAAGUCCCCGCCGCGCAGCCCCUCCCCGCGGGCAGCGCACUAUGCUGCUCCGGUGGGCGUCCCUGCUGAUGCUGUGCGCGCUCCGCCUGCCCCUGGUCGCCGCCGGCUCCGCCGCGGCACCUGCCCAGGAUAAAGCCGGGCAGCCACGGACUGCUGCAGCGGCCGCCCAGCCCCGCCGGCGGCAGCGGGAGGAGGCGCAGGAGCAGACCGAGCCUCCGGGCCACCCGCACACCCUGGAGCCGCAGCGCAGCAGCGGCGGGCUCGUACAGAACAUCGACCAGAUCUACUCGGGCGGCGGCAAGGUGGGCUACCUAGUGUAUGCGGGGGGCCGGAGAUUCCUCCUUGACUUGGAGCGGGAUGGCUCGGUGGCUGCCGCUGGCUUUGUGCCCGCAGGAGACGGGCGGAGCGCAACCCGACGCCACCGGGGCCACUGCUUCUACCGAGGCACGGUGGACGGCAGCCCGCGCUCCCUGGCUGUCUUUGACCUCUGCGGUGGUCUCGACGGCUUCUUCGCGGUCAAGCACGCGCGCUACACCCUGAAGCCACUACUGCGCGCGCCCUGGGCGGAGGCAGAGGCUGGGCGCGUGUACGGAGACGGGUCAGCUCGGGUCCUGCACGCCUACACACGUGAGGGCUUCAGCUUUGAGGCCCUGCCGCCGCGCACCAGCUGCGAGACCCCAGCGUCUCCGCCAGGGCCGCCUGAGCGCCCCCCUCCGCAUAGCAGCCCGGACCGACGCUGGACGCUCGCCCCGCAAUUCCUGGACCAGUCGGCUCCCUCGAACCACGGGGGCCAGGGAGCACAGACGUGGUGGCGGCGGCGGCGCCGCUCCAUCUCCCGGGCCCGCCAGGUGGAGCUGCUUCUGGUGGCUGACGCGUCCAUGGCGCAGAUGUAUGGCCGGGGCCUGCAGCAUUACCUGCUGACCCUAGCAUCCAUCGCCAACCGGCUGUACAGCCACGCCAGCAUCGAGAACCACAUCCGUCUGGCCGUAGUGAAGGUGGUGGUGCUGGGCGACAAGGACAAGAGCCUGGAGGUGAGCAAGAACGCAGCCACCACUCUCAAGAACUUUUGCAAGUGGCAGCACCAGCACAACCAGCUGGGGGAUGACCAUGACGAGCACUACGAUGCAGCCAUCCUGUUUACUCGAGAGGAUUUAUGUGGGCAUCAUUCAUGUGACACCCUGGGAAUGGCAGACGUUGGGACCAUAUGUUCUCCGGAGCGCAGCUGUGCUGUGAUUGAAGACGAUGGCCUCCACGCAGCUUUCACUGUGGCUCACGAAAUUGGACAUCUACUUGGCCUCUCUCACGACGAUUCCAAAUUCUGUGAAGAGAAUUUCGGUUCCACAGAAGAUAAGCGUUUAAUGUCUUCCAUCCUGACCAGCAUUGAUGCUUCCAAGCCCUGGUCCAAAUGCGCUUCAGCCACCAUCACAGAAUUCCUGGAUGAUGGCCACGGUAACUGUUUGCUAGACCUCCCUCGCAAGCAGAUCCUGGGCCCUGAAGAACUCCCAGGACAGACCUACGAUGCCACUCAGCAGUGCAACCUGACCUUCGGGCCCGAGUACUCGGUGUGCCCCGGCAUGGACGUCUGCGCCCGGCUGUGGUGCGCGGUGGUGCGCCAGGGCCAGAUGGUGUGUCUGACCAAGAAGCUGCCAGCCGUGGAGGGCACACCAUGUGGGAAAGGCAGGAUUUGCCUGCAGGGCAAGUGUGUGGACAAAACCAAGAAAAAAUAUUAUUCAACAUCAAGCCAUGGCAACUGGGGGUCCUGGGGGUCCUGGGGCCAGUGUUCUCGCUCAUGUGGGGGAGGAGUACAGUUUGCCUAUCGCCACUGCAAUAACCCAGCGCCCAGAAACAGUGGCCGCUACUGCACAGGAAAGAGGGCCAUCUACCGUUCCUGCAGUGUUAUGCCCUGCCCGCCUAAUGGUAAAUCUUUUCGUCAUGAGCAAUGUGAGGCCAAAAAUGGAUAUCAGUCUGAUGCAAAAGGAGUCAAAACAUUUGUGGAAUGGGUUCCCAAAUACGCCGGCGUCCUGCCAGGGGACGUGUGCAAACUGACCUGCAGAGCUAAGGGCACUGGCUACUAUGUGGUGUUUUCUCCAAAGGUGACUGAUGGAACUGAAUGUAGGCCAUACAGUAACUCUGUCUGCGUCCGAGGGAAGUGUGUGCGAACUGGCUGUGAUAGCAUCAUUGGCUCAAAGCUGCAGUAUGACAAGUGUGGAGUAUGUGGAGGAGACAACUCCAGUUGUACAAAGAUUAUUGGGACCUUCAAUAAAAAAAGUAAAGGUUACACUGAUGUUGUGAGGAUCCCCGAAGGGGCCACCCACAUAAAAGUCCGACAGUUCAAAGCCAAAGACCAGACUAGAUUUACUGCCUACUUAGCCCUGAAGAAGAAAAACGGUGAGUAUCUUAUCAAUGGGAAGUACAUGAUCUCCACUUCGGAAACAAUCAUUGACAUCAAUGGAACAGUCAUGAACUACAGCGGUUGGAGCCACAGGGAUGACUUCUUGCAUGGGAUGGGCUACUCAGCCACGAAGGAAAUUCUAAUAGUGCAGAUUCUUGCAACAGACCCAACGAAAGCAUUAGAUGUCCGUUACAGUUUUUUCAUUCCAAAGAAGUCCACUCAGAAAGGAAACUCUGUCACUAGCAAUAAAGUGGGAUCGCACACGCCACAGCCACAGUGGGUGACGGGCCCAUGGCUCGCCUGUUCUAGGACCUGUGACACAGGCUGGCAUACCCGGACCGUGCAGUGCCAGGAUGGAAACCGGAAGUUGGCGAAGGGAUGUCUUCUCUCUCAGAGGCCUUCUGCAUUUAAGCAAUGCUUGCUAAAGAAAUGUUAGCCUGUGGUUAUGGUCUGAUGCCAAGAUCAACUGGACGAUUCAUCACCGAUGGGUUGUGGUGAACAAGAGGUCUACCUAAAGCACAGAAAGUCAUGCUUCAGUGUCAUUGUCAACAGGAGUCCAGUUAUGGGCAGAAUCUGCUCUGCAUGACCAAAUGAAGAUGUGCACUAUUUCAUGUGACAGUGGUGACCUUGGAAUAUAGAAAACCUUGGGAGUGAGUGAACAUCCCGUGGGCCUACCAGAAUGAAAAAACACUGAUGAAUGUAGAAUCAGGCGACGUUUGAAGAUGGCAAAACAACAGUCUCCCCCUUGUCACCUACCUCUUACAGAAUGUCUUCAAAGGCAUCGUAAUCAUUUUUACCCAUAUUACACAGUAGCUUAUUUUUACUGUUUGUAGAUACAUUCUCCCUUGGUAUGUCACUUUAUAUCACUUGGUUCUAUUAAAAAAAUAUAUAUAUAUGUAUAUGUGUGUAUAUAUACAUAUAUAUUUCUAUAAAAAAAUGUAUUUGACCAAAGUAGGUCUGCAGCUAUUUCAGCUUCUUCCAGUUUCCAGAAAAAGCUGUGGAUGUUUUACUGGAAAUUAAGAACUCGCUGCUGUUUUAAGAAGGUUUAGUAUACUUUCAGACAACGGAGAUAAAAUUUGUCAAAAACCAUGUUGACAACAAGCAUCUUCUGAGAAAUUCUGAAAAGAAAAAGGAUCUCAGUGUGUCUAGUCAUUACAAUACAUACAUAGAUCCAUCUUCUUAAACCUUUGACAGCCUGUAUUUUUUCAGGCAGCCAGCCAAAUUAAUGCAUCAUUAGUAGAAGUAGUGUUUGCGCGUGCAUGUGCACGUGCAUGUGUGUGUGUGUGUGUGUGUGUGUGUAUGUUAUCAGUAUUCAAGAGUCUAAACAUUAGUUUCCCCAUGUUAGAAUUCAAAGAAAAAAAACGCAUACUUCACCAUAUUGUCCAUUUAUAUUUUCACAAUUGCUUUCCCUUUUUAUGGCUCUCAUCUGAUAUCUCACAAUGUGUAAUAUACAUGCAAUACACACAGCACAGAGUUUUCUAGUCACAUUCAACACUUUCAAUACUGGUAUACCUCUUACCAGCAAGCCUUUAAAAUGUGUUGUUUUCGCUUGUUUGUUUGUUGUGUUGAAGGGUUCUGUAAGACCUAUAAUGUUUUGUACUUCUUGUCGACUUAGUUUAAUAAGAAUAUUAAAGAUCACUUGGUAGUUAGCCACAUCUAGAAGUGAUUAUCAUUAAUGUGGCUAGAGCAAAAAAAGAAAAAAAAAGUGGUUAAUAUCAAUAAGACUGUUUCCACAUCAUAUAGGCAAUAAUUCCUUGUAUUUCUUUUAAAUUCAAGUAUACGAAUACAGCACUUAAGGUUUUUCCCAAUUGGAAAGCAUUUAGUUGUACCAGUAAGUGUUUGAGUGAUGAAAUGUGGUGAUUUUUGAGGUUUGUUGCUUUCAUUUCCAUAGCCUGUCUAGGUAGGUUGUAAGAUUGAAUAGUUACACAUGGAAAAUUUUUAUAAUCAUAUGCAUAAAAAUUGCUUUUAAGGCAGCAAAAUGUAUCCCUCCACCCCAGAAAAUCCAAGUUGUUUCAUUUCAUUGGGAUUUCUUUUUCUUUGUGAACUAUCAGAAAGCCACUUAUUUUUAUAAAAUUGUAUAAUAAUCAUACCAAAUGUGCCUAUUGUGAAGAAUUGCAUAUGAGAAUGUUAGGGGACCAUUGUUUGAGUUCCCUUAAUCUCAUGAGAGUUUAUUUUUAUUAUAAGAUAUUUUUAAUAUAAAAGAAUUAUGUAAUUGAUCUUCCUAUAUCACAUUCAUUCCAGUGGGCCAGGAGAAUGGAUGUCUCACUGCUUUAAGUAGUGUUUUAAGCAAUUAUUUGAUAAAACAAAUAAUUAUUUUACAAAACUGAUAAGCAUCCUUCAGGUUUUCAUAGACUAACUUUGCUUUAAAUGUGGUCAUUUUUCUUAAUAAAUUAUCAAUUAGACAAAUGAGGCCUAUACAUUUAGGUAACCUACAUUGAUGGAGGUCAACCAGAUAUCAGGGGCAAGGAAUAAAGUCAUUGAAAUGAGUCAGAAAAAACAAAAUUGAAAUCACAUUUAACAUUUGACUAUGCAGAGAGAAUUAAUAGAGAGGCCAACAUUACUUUUUCAAAUUUUCAAAAUCAUUUCAACCAAGUAAUUCAAUUAUGACAGACUUUAUUUUUAUCUUUUGUGGGUAUAUUGAUGGCAACAUUAAAAUAUAAUUGAAGAGCAAACAGGAUUGUCUCCUACUCUAUACUGUAUUCAUAGAUUUUUUAAAAAAUAUGAUUUAUCAAUGAUUCAUUGUUCCUCCAAAUAAUGAAGUUUUACACUUUUCAUUGAAACAAUCCUCAAGAGUUUAGAACAAAUAAACCACUAUUCCAUGCUUUUAAGGAGUUUUCUUUAGUUUUUUUUUUUUUUUACCUGUAUGAGUAUUGAUAGAUUGACUAAGGAAUAUAUGUCUAAACUCUUGAGAAAAAUGAGUUAGACUGGAAAUUAAAAUUAGAGAAAUGGAGUGUUUGGUAGAUAUAAAGAAUGAUAAACAAAGGGAAAAUCCUCUAUAAUACAAUCUAAUUCAGUCCAGUUUGACUUUGAACUAUUCCUUGCACCUUUCCAUAAUUGCAUCUUGAAUAAGGAGUCUAGGGUUCAUGAUGCUAGGUCCCACUUUUAAAAAAAAGAGAUUGUCUGAAAAUGCUCAGGUUAGUAAGAAUCUAAUCUCACUCACAAAACUAAACGUUCUAGAUCAGCGGUUCUCAACCUGUGGGUCGCGACCCCUUUGGGGGUUGAAGGACCUUUUCAUAGGGGUUGCCU